CACCGACCGAGCGCCACAGAGAGAAACAAGCGUGCGAAGCUGCGCUCAUCCCUCCUUGUCGUGGGCUCCAAGACACGCACUCUAUGUAAGGUGGAAGUAACUUUGAUCCUCCAGAGAAGAGUUAGAAACCACUCGGAAUACACCGCGGGUCAAAGGGGUCACUGCAACCGAGCACCAUGUCGGCCUCAGCGGCGAAAGUCAACAGAAAGGAGAACUCGAACCACGACGCAGCGGACGAGACUUCUGAAAAAGAGCAACAGGAAGCAAUUGAACACAUCGACGAAGUACAGAAUGAGAUUGACAGACUGAAUGAACAGGCGAGUGAAGAAAUUUUAAAAGUAGAGCAGAAGUACAACAAAUUACGCCAGCCCUUCUUUCAAAAACGAUCAGAACUCAUAGCCAAAAUCCCCAACUUCUGGGUCACCACAUUCGUCAACCAUCCACAAGUUUCAGCUCUUCUGGGGGAGGAGGACGAGGAAGCACUUCAUUACUUGUCGAGGGUGGAGGUCACCGAGUUUGAGGACAUCAAGUCUGGAUAUAGAAUAGAUUUUUAUUUUGACCAGAACCCGUAUUUUGAGAACAAAGCCCUCUCCAAAGAGUUUAAUGUAAAUGAGAGUGGAGAUCCAGUUUCCAAAUCAACUGAAAUCAAAUGGAAGGCUGGAAAGGACCUGACGAAGCGUACGGGCCAGACGCCAAACAAGACUGGGAAGAAGAGGCAGCACGAGGAGCCAGAGAGCUUCUUCACCUGGUUUACCGAUCACUCCGAUGCCGGAGCUGACGAGCUGGGAGAAGUGAUCAAGGACGACAUCUGGCCUAACCCGCUGCAGUACUACCUGGUCCCUGACAUGGAGGAUGAGGAAGGUGACGGCGAGGAUGACGACGAUGAAGAGGGUCUGGAAGAUAUUGAUGAGGGGGAGGAAGAAGAUGGUGACGACGAUGACGAUGAUGAGGAUGGUGACGGAGAAGAUGGAGAGGAGGACGGUGAGGAAGAUUAAACCCAGUCCUGUGAUGUCACCAUCCCACAAGAGCAAAAUAUGUUGUUUGUUUUCUGGUAGGGUCGGACUAAACAAAACAAAAACAAAAAAAUCCCUGUGUUGUCUGUCCUCUUCCUCUGCAGCCAUGUCCAUAACCCAUGUGUGAAGACCAGCUCCAUACACAGCAGGUCUACAUUGGGGGUCUCACCCGUCAUUGUUUUUCUUCAUCUCCUAAAGACAUCUUAAAAUUACAACUAGCAUUCUGCACGUCAUCCUACGUAGAUUUGAAAUGCGUACCAUAGCAAUUUCUAAGUUGUGAGUUCAAUAAAAAUGAAGUCACGAUGCAGUGAUAACUUAGUCAAAGCAUCCGUAGCCACCAUAUCGAUAUGUGUAUAUCAAUCUAUCAGAUAUAUUUUGUACGUGUAGAUAUACAUGUAUAGAUAUGUGUGUGUGGACGUACAGAUAUAAUAUGGGGAGGAUGCUAUGGCUUAUUACAAGUUUAAUGGAACUGAUUGAACACCAGCUGGUUGUACAUGUUUUGGGAUCUAUGUAUCUGGGUGAGACGUUUGUACACAGUUUAAUGGGGCGGGGCUUUGACACACAAUCUGGACUUCUGUUAAACACCCACAACAAGGUUUGAAAUGUACAUUUUUUUUUAUAGAAACAACCUAAAAGAUCUAAUUUUGAGCGUUACCUAACAUUUUGAGAGGGGAGAGAACAAUAUUUGUGUAGAGUCCUCUGGAGUCUGCAGUGUUUCUCCUGUUCCACUGGAAACCUGUUGACAUUAAAUUAAGUGUACCAGUUGUUUUGUUACAAUAAAUACAUGUAUACAUGA